CUCAGGAUCUGUGAGAGGGGAACAUGUGAGCGGGGAAUGGGAAACUGGAAACUGGAUUACACUUUACAGAAAGACGCAGAAGGGGAGCUUUUCAGGAUUUUGACAAGGACUCUGCGCAACGGCGCCUUUCAUUGUUGCGGCUGGACACAGAGGAACGAAGGACUAAUAACCCAAAGAUGAACACAAUAGUGUUUAAUAAGUUAAGUAGCCAGGUUUUAUUCGAGGAGAAGGCGAAUGAGGUCGAGAGAAGCAGUAGAAAUUAUUUAGAGGUGAUAGAUGGACACCAUUCGGACCUGCUCGCCAGCAGCCAAGUCAUCAAAGACAGCUCAACUAUACGGCACAGGAGAUCCGGGUCUCGUCAGAAUCCAGGAAAGGUACGGCAUAAACGGCAAGCUCUGCAGGACAUGGCCCGGCCUUUGAAACAGUGGCUCUACAAACACCGGGACAAUCCUUACCCCACAAAAACAGAGAAAAUACUUCUCGCACUUGGCUCACAAAUGACACUUGUGCAGGUGUCUAACUGGUUUGCAAAUGCUCGACGGCGACUGAAGAACACAGUUAGGCAGCCUGAUUUGAGUUGGGCACUUAGGAUCAAACUCUACAACAAAUAUGUUCAGGGCAAUGCAGAAAGACUGAGCGUCAGCAGCGAUGACUCUUGCUCUGACGAUGGUGACACAGGAGCAUGCACCCAGGUUGGUGAGUUCAACAAACCAAUGUACCAGAGCGUCAUCAAGAAGGAAGGUGGUGCUGUGGGGGCAGGUCUUCGAGCAGCCAGAGAUGCCUCAUUGUCUGAUGACUAUGUGUCACCACCCAAAUAUAAGAGCAGCCUGUUGCACCGUUACCUUAAUGACUCCCUCCGUCACGUUAUGGUGGCCAACGGCGUAAUGGACACACGGAGGAGGAACCACUCAGGCUCCUUCAGCUCUAACGAGUAUGAUGAAGACCUGCUCUCACCUUCGUCAUCAGAGGCAGAAGCCAACUUUAUCUACAGGACGGAGACUGUGGAGCAUGGAUCAAAUAAAUGCGACAGCAGUGGUACACGGAAGGAGAAGGGACAGGGGAAAGACGAGACAUACUGGAGGGAGAUCAAUGCGGCCAUGGCCCUCACUAACCUGGCUCAGCCCAAGGACAUGGCCACCUCGGCCACCACCAGCUGCAUCAUCCAGAAAUCUUCGCACAUAGCUGAAAUCAAGACUGUUAAAGUGCCUAUCCUGCACAAAUACUAGUGUACACAAUUCUCCCUCCCUUUUCAUGCACACAUCAACAGAAGAUCGCUCUCUUCUACAUUUGGAAUACAUUUUUUAUUACUUUGUGAUACUGAUAAAGAAUCAUGAUUUUUAAUUUUUUAUUUGUUCCUUUGUUUUUAUUGUUAUUAUAAGUAUGAUAAAGUGCCCUGAAGUAUAGCACUUAUUUGUUCAUAUGUUUGUGCAUUUAUUUUGGGUCGCACAAACAUUUUUAAUAAGUGUUGAUGAAUUGUCAGUAACGACAGUAUUUCUGAACGAGACACUUUUGCAAUGUUAACUUAUUUUGAUAUUAAUCAGAAAUUUGUAUUAUAUCGCACCAAAGUGCCUUCAUGUAUUCUCAAAAGAGAGAUUAAUGAAAAUGUACGGUUAGGCUCUUCUCUGUAUUAAAUAAACCUUAUUUAAAUGACAGGGCAAGACAGGAAAAGGUUAGGAGUGUAUAUCACCCUUUUCUUGGCUUUUGUGUCCUUGCUGUGUACAAUUCUCAGAGUGUACAGGAGUUGAUAACCUUAACAAGAAAUCAGCACACUUGUUAGUCACAAACACACCCAUACAAAUGUAAGGCCAAUUCUGCAUGUUUUGUCUUAAUAUUCCAUGUGGCUGUGACUACGACAUUGUUUUGUCUCUAAAAUUGAAAACUUCAACUGUCACGUGCCAACAAUAUCCAUGAGCAGAGAGAUAAGCUCAGUCAGCCAACAAUCACUAAGCAAUGUAGAGCUACACAAACUCGACUGACCCCGUUAAUAGUCUCAAGUCUCAACUCAACUUUGCAUGAAAGAUAGAGACAAUGAAGGUUUUUAUUGAGACAAAGAGAACUGUGACCCAAAAGGGAUAUUUAUGAAUCCGUUAUCAGGGCUAAAUAAAACAUGGUGCCUUUUCACAUUUCUGCUCAGAACAAGGUACCUCAGUGUGAAGCGUAUAUGACUUGGCCAGCCUUAUUUUAGCUGCAUUUUCUCUCAGCUGGUUAGAAUUACUCUCAAAUUGCUGUUUACAAGAAGUACGAGAGACGCUUCCAUGUUAAAAAACAACCAUAGCAGUAUUACCACAUCUCUGACUCAGUAAAGAUUCAGAAGUUUUUGCAAUCUGUUUGUUUGUCCUGCAGUUUCAUCUGUUUUAGUUAUCCGUUUUACAUUUUUUGGUUUAACCAAGAUGUGUUACUCGGUCUUGUAUUGACUGAAUGGAAAGAACCUUCAUAAAUACUUGUAAACUAUGUUCAAUGCAAUGGUUAUUACAUCAGAACUAUGGGUGCCAAGUACAAAAUUUAGAGAAAUAAAAUGCAACGUUUGAAGUGAGUGCAGUGUUCAGUAACUGUUUACUUGCCUAUGUUGUUUAUCUUAAAAGGUACUGCUUGAAUGCCUGAAUGAACACUUUAUUUGUGCCGUUUGGUCUUUUGUUUGAAAGUCUUCACCCAUUUGUUGUGAGAAAGGCCAAAGAGACUUUUUCUAAAAAGCUGCAUGCAUUUACCCACUAUGCAUAUCUGCAACCCAUUCUUCACUGAAUGCCUGAAAAAGUAUUCAUAAAAACAGCCAUUGAGACAAAAUUAUACAGUACUGUACGUGUCUCUGUCUUCCUGGUCAGCAGAGCAGUUUUGUAAAUUUCGAGUUUUCCUAACAAAACUGGGAGGAAUGUACCAUCACAUCUGAUCUGCUUUUCGAAAUCUCAUUUUAUUCUAAUUUCUUUCUCUGAUCCAUUAAUAUCACGUGGGAAUUUGAGAUUUCAUUCAGCCUUUGCAGUGAAGAGAGUUUAACUAUAGCCCUGUUUUUUCUUUACUAUUUCUUUAAUUCCGUUGCACAAAAUGCACAAUAUGCACAAAAGGAUGCUGACAGACAAAACACGUUAUUUUGUGCACAAAUAAGAACAUCUUGAAAUGAUUGAGGACUGUUAAAAACAGAAAAUUUUAAUAAUAGUAUGUUUUUUGUUAAGUUAUAUUCAUUUUUUAUUUUAGAGACUGGAUGUUUAUCCAAUGAAGGAAUGCAUAAUAUCUCACUUACUCUCAACAUUUUCUUUUAAUGUUCUGUUUUUCACCAGGAACCUUGUUUACUUCUGCAGAACAUGAAAUAAAAAACA